GGAGAAAAGCCCUGCGAGCACAUCAUGCCUCCCUCCGAACAUGUCGUUCUCAGCCUGAUCCAGUGACAGCCUCGUCGUCUCCGCUGAAGGAUGCUGCUUUCUGUCCGGAGUGGGUGUCUUCUGUCUUCUGCGAGGCGAUACGGGUGCUCGGCCGACGCAAAUUCAAGGGGAAUCGCAGCCUACACACAGCAAGACCCGAGCUUCCCUCACGCUGCUGAUCAUCAUCACCAUCAUCAUCAUCACCACCACCAUCAUCACCAUCAUCGGCGAGGAGGGAGAUAUUACCAUCACCGCUGCGAGGGCAAAGGAGUCACGACCACACUUUACACAAUGUAGAGCAGGAACACAGGAGAGGUGUGGUAGGAGCCAGGUCUCUGCAGCGGUGAAAUCAAUUUCCUCUUCUUGGGGUCAUUUAGUUUGGACGUCUAUUCGCAGCAACGAGACCUCAACAUGAGCAACACGCAGGCUCCUCCCAAGGCUGGAGCCUCAGAGCUGGAGGUGAUCUCCCAGCAGGUGGAGGAGGACAACCAGUGCGUGGCCCCCGUCCAGCUGGUCAGCUUUGCCUACAGAGACUUGCCUUUGGCCGCCCUGGACAUCUCCCUCGCUGGAUCCCAGCUUAUCUCAAACCCGGAUGAAGAGGACAACAGAGAGGGGUCGAACUGGCUGAAGCCGUGCUGUGGGCGAAGGGCAGCGCUGUGGCAGGUCUGUCUGCUGUCGGCGGGCUUCAACUGUUUCCUGGUGGCCUGUGUCAUUCUGGUGGUGCUGCUGCUGACGCUGGAGCUGCUUAUCGACACCAAGCUGUUGCAGUUUAAUAACGCGUUCCAGUUUGCCAGCAUCAUCCACUGGAUCAGCCUGGCUAUCCUCUCUGUGUUCUUCACUGAGACGGUGUUCAGGAUCGUGGUGUUGGGGAUAUGGGACUACAUAGAGAACAAAGUAGAGGUGUUUGAUGGAGCCGUCAUCGUCCUUUCUCUGGCCCCCAUGGUGGCCUCUACAGUGGCCAACGGCCCCAGCAGCCCGUGGGACGCCAUCGGUCUCAUCAUCACACUGCGCAUCUGGAGGGUCAAGAGGAUCAUUGAUGCCUAUGUGCUGCAAGUGAAGGUGGAGAUGGAGCUGGAGAUCCAGCAGUAUGAGAAGGCCAAGGCGGUGAGGGAGGAACAGCUUGACCGGCUCACCCAGAUCUGCCAGGAACAGGCAUUUGAGAUCAGGCAGCUGAGGGCCCACCUGGCCCAACAGGACCUGGAUCUGGUAGCAGAGCGUGAAGCAGCCAUGCAGAUCCACCAUAUGUGGGGUAAACAGAGCAGCAGUUUCCAGGAAGUAGACGGACUGGCCCCCGGGGCCUCUGAGCAUCACGGGCCAGCGAAAGCAAGAGAGCCUGGAGGGCCUGCAGGUAACCGCCUGGAACACCCAACUCCUUCGUCUCACAGGCUAUCACGACCUCUGUGCACGAGGGGGAAGCCAGAUCACCACGGUCAAGAUGACAUGAACAACUACAUCAGCCAGUACUACAGUGAGCCGAGCAGCGAUAUGGGGAUCCCAGACCCUGCACGAGUCAUCACCACAGCAGCCAUAGACGUGCACCUGCCCAACAACCCCAGCCAGCUCCCCUCCUCCUUGGUGAGUGCCGACGCGGUGUCGUCGGGACGCUUGCAGCGCACAGGCAGCUCGGUCAGUGAAGCCUCCACCACCACGGUGUCCCGCAGCAGCUUCAGCGCCCGGCAGCACAGCAUCAGCAGCCACACUCUGGGCUCCACCACGGACUGCAGCUCCACGGUGCGCGAGGCCUCCACCUCCACAGACUACAGCGACCAACGCUGCUACCCCCCACCCUACAGCAGCCCUCUGGCCCUGGGCACUCAGCCUCGAGGGAGCCCCAGCGCCGUGGUGCAGGAGCUGCUCUCCUCUCUGUCCGAGGACUCCUGUCUCACCCAGAAGGGCCUGGACCCUGUCAACCUGAAACCGCCCAGCCCAGCAGGUUCCACCAAAACCAGCCCCGAGCUGGAGCACAGGGUCAACAUCUACAACAAGAGGAACCAGGAGAGCAGAGUCGGGCUGCACUCCAAGCCUCUCAUCCACCUGCAGGGCAACGAGCCUCUUCUAGAGGAGAAGUACAGGAUGAUGGAGCCAGUGGACGGCCCGGUCAGCCGCCUGUCAGAGACAUAAGACUCUGGAACCUCACGGGACUCGCACGUCAGAUCAACAGCAAAUAUUCUGCGGUGUUGUUGGAAGUCACUGGCACAUAACUGACUGUAUGUCUGCCAUCCUCUUUGUACUGGUCUGACGGAAAGUUGAACUCAAGAGAGGAGCACAAAAACAGAGGGCGUGGAGCACUGGAGGAGGCAGACUUGUUAUCAGGCACCACUUAUCAGGAAAAUGACAUUCACAGAAAAAAAAAAAAAAAAAACACUUUUUGAGUUUUAUGAAACAUUUUACCAAAAGAAACCAGCAACAGGGCUCCAGCCCACAAUGUUCUGACAACUGUGCUGAAAAAAAAUAUCUGGCUUUGAUGUGUUGAGCUGUGGUUUGAUUGUUAGGAAGUGAAACCAGUGAGAGAACGGUGCAGACGGCUUAGUUCCUCUGAUUUGCAGGAAUUCACUGGACUGAUCAGCUCAUAGACUGCGAAUCACUUCCUCCAAGCUGAAAGGCAUGGAUUAUUUCACAAGAGCAGGUGUAUCAGCUGUUUUUGAUAGUCGGUCUAGUGUCUGCAAACUCACAGAGAACAGUCCUCUUUGAUGGGACUGCUGCAGGGUAACAUUGGAUCAGUUUCAUCUUUCUAAUCUUUGUCUUUCUAUAUUAGCAAUGUUAACAUUUUUAUCUAAAUUCUGACAGGAAAGACUGUGGCAAACUUUUGAGUGAUUAUUUUAUCCAGGUGCCAUGACUGGAACCUGAACAAAACCCAGCUGAGUCAGAUUUUGAGAAUUGUCCCUCACUGAAUUGACCGAAAAUCUACCUGCACAUGAUAGAUUCUGACAUCAUCCAGGUCUAAGAUGUUACUUUUUUAUGAGUUUAAUGUUCGAAAGCUGUGUAAAUAUUUCAGGACGGGUUUGAUCUUCAUAUCACAGCCAAAAAAAGAAGAAGUGAGGGACUUGAAGUGGAGCUAUAAUAAUAUGUCAAAAUGGAAAUUAUAGCAUGAAACUUGAAAAAAAAAAAUUGAAACUAACCCUGUUUAUUGUACUGUCAACAGGCAUUUUUUUUAUCUUGAAAGAGGGCAUUGCUAAACGAAUCCAAUAAAGUGAAAACAUGGCAACAUGA